AUGGGAAAAGUUGGCGUCGGCGGCGUCUCCCCAGCCGGGCUGAGCGCGCUCCUCGCGGGCGCGGGGCUCUUGGUCCUCUGCGCCCCUGGCUCCAGCGGCGGCGGCUCCUGUGGUCCCCCGCGGCUUCCCAGCGCGGCUCCACGCUGGGCUCUGACCCCAGCGGGGCUUCCUCACCAGGGACCGCGAGGCAGAGCUCCUGCUACGCCCCUGCCCCAACUCGGACGCCCCCUGUUCGCAGUGGCCCCCGGAGACAGAGCGCUGUCCCUGGAGCGGGCGCCGGGCGCUGGGGCGUCGGUAGCGGUUGCUCCACGCUCUGGCCGGAAGAGACGGAGUGGAGAGGAUCGAGAGAAGGCUGAGCGAGGAGAGGGGACAAGUAGAAGCCCUCGGGGAGUGCCAAGGGACAGAGGGCAGCACGAGCCUGGGACUUUGGAGCGGGACCCGGACAAAGCCACUCGCUUCCGGCUGGAGGAGCUGAAACUGACCAGCACCACCUUCGCGCUGACGGGCGACUCAGCACACAACCAAGCCAUGGUCCACUGGUCUGGCCACAACAGCAGCGUGAUUCUCAUUUUGACAAAGCUGUAUGACUAUAACCUGGGGAGCAUCACCGAGAGCUCGCUUUGGAGGUCAACCGAUUAUGGGACAACCUAUGAGAAGCUGAAUGAUAAAGUUGGGUUGAAAACGAUUUUAAGCUAUCUCUACGUGUGUCCUACCAACAAGCGUAAGAUUAUGCUGCUCACAGACCCAGAGAUUGAGAGCAGUUUACUGAUCAGCUCAGACGAAGGGGCAACCUAUCAAAAAUACCGGCUGAACUUUUACAUCCAGAGCUUACUUUUCCACCCCAAACAAGAAGACUGGAUUCUGGCAUACAGCCAAGACCAAAAGUUAUACAGCUCUGCUGAAUUUGGGAGAAGGUGGCAGCUUAUCCAGGAAGCGGUUGUACCAAACAGAUUCUACUGGUCUGUGAUGGGGUCGAACAAGGAUCCGGACCUUGUGCAUCUAGAGGCCAGAACUGUGGAUGGUCAUUCACAAUACCUAACAUGCCGAAUGCAGAACUGCACAGAGGCCAACAGAAAUAAACCUUUCCCAGGCUACAUUGACCCAGACUCUCUGAUUGUCCAGGAUGAUUAUGUGUUUGUUCAGCUGACAUCAGGGGGACGGCCACAUUACUACGUGUCCUACCGAAGGAAUGCGUUUGCCCAGAUGAAGCUCCCCAAGUAUGCUUUGCCCAAGGACAUGCACGUCAUCAGCACUGAUGAGAACCAAGUGUUUGCAGCGGUCCAGGAGUGGAACCAGAAUGACACGUACAACCUCUACAUCUCAGACACACGCGGAGUCUACUUCACCCUGGCCUUAGAGAAUGUCCAGAGCAGCAGAGGCCCUGAGGGCAACGUCAUGAUUGACCUCUAUGAGGUAGCAGGGAUAAAGGGAAUGUUCUUGGCUAACAAGAAGAUUGACAACCAAGUGAAGACUUUCAUCACAUACAACAAAGGCAGAGACUGGCGUUUGCUGCAGGCUCCAGACACAGACCUAAGAGGGGACCCUGUGCACUGCUUGCUGCCCUAUUGCUCCCUACAUCUUCACCUUAAGGUCUCUGAGAAUCCCUACACGUCAGGGAUCAUCGCCAGCAGAGACACAGCCCCCAGCAUCAUAGUGGCUUCAGGUAAUAUAGGUUCUGAGUUGUCAGACAGUGACAUCAGCAUGUUUGUCUCUUCAGAUGCGGGAAACACUUGGAGGCAGAUCUUUGAAGAAGAACACAGUGUUUUGUAUCUGGAUCAAGGUGGAGUCCUGGUUGCUAUGAAGCACACAUCUCUCCCAAUUCGACAUCUCUGGUUGAGUUUUGAUGAAGGGAGAUCUUGGAGCAAAUACAGUUUCACAUCUAUUCCCCUUUUUGUGGAUGGGGUUCUGGGUGAACCUGGGGAAGAGACUCUCAUCAUGACAGUGUUUGGACACUUCAGUCACCGCUCUGAAUGGCAGCUGGUCAAAGUGGACUACAAGUCCAUUUUCGAUAGGCGUUGUGCCGAGGAGGACUACAGACCCUGGCAGCUGCACAGCCAGGGGGAAGCAUGCAUCAUGGGAGCGAAGAGGAUAUAUAAGAAGAGAAAAUCCGAGCGGAAAUGCAUGCAGGGAAAAUAUGCAGGCGCCAUGGAGUCUGAGCCCUGUGUCUGCACAGAGGCUGAUUUUGACUGUGACUAUGGUUAUGAGCGACACAGCAAUGGUCAGUGCCUGCCAGCCUUUUGGUUCAAUCCAUCCUCUCUGUCGAAGGACUGCAGCUUGGGGCAGAGUUACCUCAAUAGUACUGGGUAUAGAAAGGUGGUUUCCAAUAACUGCACCGAUGGAGUGAGAGAACAGUACACAGCCAAGCCACAGAAGUGCCCAGGGAAGGCCCCGCGGGGGCUCCGGAUCGUCACUGCUGAUGGAAAGCUGACGGCGGAACAAGGGCACAACGUUACUCUUAUGGUACAGCUGGAAGAGGGUGACGUCCAGAGGACACUCAUCCAGGUGGACUUCGGGGAUGGCAUCGCAGUGUCUUAUGUCAACCUCAGCUCCAUGGAAGAUGGGAUCAAACAUGUCUAUCACAAUGUGGGCAUUUUCCGAGUGACCGUGCAGGUGGACAACAGUCUGGGGUCUGACAGCGCCGUCCUGUACUUACAUGUAACUUGUCCCCUGGAGCAUGUACACCUGUCUCUUCCCUUUGUCACCACGAAGAACAAAGAGGUCAACGCAACUGCCGUGCUGUGGCCCAGCCAAGUGGGCACCCUCACUUAUGUGUGGUGGUACGGGAACAACACCGAGCCCCUGAUCACCUUGGAGGGAAGCAUAGCAUUCAAGUUUACUUCUGAAGGGAUGAACACCAUCACAGUGCAGGUCUCAGCUGGGAAUGCUAUCCUGCAAGACACGAAGACCAUCGCGGUUUAUGAGGAAUUCCGAUCUCUUCGCCUGUCCUUUUCUCCAAACCUGGACGAUUACAACCCAGACAUCCCUGAGUGGAGGAGAGACGUCAGCCGAGUCAUCAAAAAGGCCUUGGUGGAGGCCACCGGGGUUCCGGGCCAGCACAUCUUGGUGGCAGUGCUGCCUGGCCUGCCCACUGCUGCCGAGCUCUUUGUCUUACCCCAUCAGGACCCCACAGGAGAAAACAAAAGGCCAGCCGAGGACCUGGAGCAGAUAUCAGAACUGCUGAUUCACAAGCUCAACCAAAACGCUGUGCACUUUGAGCUGAAGCCGGGGGUCCAAGUCCUUGUCCACGCAGCCCACUUAACAGCAGCCCCGCUGGUGGACCUCACUCCAACCCACAGUGGCUCUGCCAUGCUGAUGCUGCUGUCCGUGGUGUUUGUGGGGCUGGCGGUGUUCGUCAUCUACAAGUUCAAAAGGAAGAUCCCGGGGAUUAAUGUUUAUGCCCAGAUGCAGAAUGAGAAAGAACGAGAGAUGGUCAGUCGAGUCAGUCACCCUGAAAGCAGGCCCUAUGUCCCUCAGACUGAACUCAGGAGGCCUGGCCAGCUGAUAGAUGAGAAGGUGGAGUCCCAGCUCAUAGAAGUUCCAAACAGCAACUUUGAGAGCAAUGGGGUGCUUGGCAGCUGUUCUGUGUUUUCCAGGAUUCCAACUGAGCAUUGA